AUGGCGCUCCGUUGUUUCUGUAUCACUAGAGCUAGGCCGUCUCACAAGAAGGGCGCUGGCCUUGAAAUUUUUUUUGCUUUUAUUAUAGUUGGACCGCGAAUCAUGUCAACUCCACAAGAGAAGGAAGUGAAUGAGGGAGAACCAACAUCGUUUCGAUGUGAUGCCGUCGGGAAUCCCUUGCCCUCAGUGCUCUGGAGAAGAGCAGGAGACGAGCAGAUUAUUGCUGAAGGGGACACGAUUACAAUAGAUAAUGUUCGCAGCUGGCAGCAAGGAGAAUAUAUUUGCACAGCAGUAGUUGACGGUUUCAGGGACGCCUCCAUGUCCCACUUCCUUUAUAUACGAGGCGCCCCAGUCAUCAUUGUUCCCGCAGAGGUGACAGCUAAUGCCGGCGAGUCAACAGAGAUUCCAUGCCUUGUUAGUGGACGACCAAAGCCACUCGAAAUUCACUGGACAAAAAACGGCAAACCCCUUAAUCACGCUACCGGUCGAACGCAAGUGAGUCAACGAGAAAAAAAAUCAAAACAGAAAGCAACAGCAAAGUACAAACAGCAUUCUCAACUAUACUGUAGGUAG